GAGGCGCUUUGGGCCUCCACAAGAGCCCUUGCGCUGCUCCGGGAGCAUGGGCUCAAGACGUCUCGAGAAGCCUGGGAGGCAGAGGGUCUGCCGGCCCAUGCCGAGCUGACCGAAGCCGGCUUGAAUUUCGCUGCGUCACGUGUGGAGCUUCUCCUGCUCAACAUGGAGGGCGAAGAAGCUUCUGGCAUCGAUGUCGAUGAAGGUCCGCGCCGCCCAAUGCUGGCCGGAGAAUUCGUCCCUGGCAGCCCCUUGCACGAGGAGCCUAGCAUCCACUCGUUGCCCACGAGCCUGUCACUGCAGCUGCUUGGGCUUCCAGGCCCCUAUUCUGCGACCGAUGUGGCUGCUACAGAAUCCUGUCGCGAGGCCCUCCAGUCGCAGGUUAGUGCCGCUUUCAGCCCCAGCGAGGCCAUCGUGCACUUAGUUGGUUCCCGGCUUUAUGGUGCCGCACUGGAGGGCGCUGACGUGGACGUUGUGGUCGAAUUGUCGCCUGACAUCCAAGAGGCGGUCCUAGGCGAGAGUGAUGCGCCAAUGGCUGUGGAGGAUCGCUGCCGUCUGCUGUCUUCGCGAUCUGUGCUCCGCCUUCAACGCCACUUCGAAGGCCUCGGUGUCCGCAGCGAUGCGUGGCACCGGAUUGAAGCGGUUCUCGACACGCGCAGGCCACUGCUGCGUCUCUACCACUCACCACCUGGGCAUGCUGCUUUAAAGGUGGAGGUGGGCUUCGACCCGAGCCUGGCGGCGGUGCGAAAGAGUUCCAUGCUCUCCUCUCUGGAGGGCCCCUCGUUGGCCUUAGCUCGUCUGGUUCGGCAGUGGACCUCUGCCCGGAGGUUGGCCGGCCAGCAGGCUGGCUAUCCUUCCGGUUUCGCAUGGUGCCUCCUGGCCGUCUUUUAUUGUCAAGUUCGUGGACUGGAGCCGCCACUGGGCCGCCUAAGCCCACACGAUCGGAUCGAUGGAAGGUUCCGCAAGCCUGUCGUCAUAAGCGAGGAGGCUUUGUCGGAGGCUGCCGCGCUGCUACCAGGCUUCUUUGCUUUCUAUGCAGAGCAUUUCCGAUGGACAGAGGAGGUCGUUUCUACACGCCUCGGCCGACGAACAUUCCGGGCCUUGCAGCCAUCGCUGAGCUCACACAAAGUGCUCUGCAUCGAAGAUCCACUGGAGCCGGAUUCCGAUUUGGCGGCCGCCUAUUUGUCGGCGGGUCGUGAUCGAAGGCUCCGAGCCGAGCUCCGCCGUGCAAAGCGACUUCUAGGGCAAGGUCCAGGCAUUGCUGUGCGGGAUGGCAACGACAUCGAUCUCUGGGCCAAGUGCUUCCGCCUUCGCAGGGACGUCUAG